AUCACCACAGAUAACAUCAGAAAAUAUGUUUAUUAUAAAGGGGACCAAAACAACAGUUCCACUGGAAAACAGAAUCAUUUCUAGGAGGUUCUGGGGACAUGAGCUUAAGGACAAGAAAGGGAGAGAAACAGCGCUGAAGGCAGGGGAGGACAGAGCCAUUCUGUUAGGGCUGGGGAUGGUCUUCAGCUCUGUCAUGAUGUACUUUGUGAUCUGUAUCACAAUGGUGCGCGCUUACACAGACAGUGUACUGGCAGAGGAGACCACCUGCACUGUGUUGAACUCUUCUCUAACAAGGGAUAUAAACUGUUGGUAUAGCUGUGGUUCGGACUGCUUGAGAAGCUCAAAGUACCCCUGUCUACAGGUCUAUGUCAGCCUGAAUACCACCAGCCGUGUAGGACUGCUCUCUCACAAUGAGGAAAUGUUGGACAUUCAGUGUUUCUAUGUGCCAAAAUGUCAGAAGGACCACACGGCCCUGCACUCUCUGAUCCAGAAUAUUUCAGAGCAUUUCAAGAUGCACCAGCAGGUAACAUGCUAUCAUGACUCCAGCGAGCAUCAGGCCAGCAUUCUUUUGAACAGCUUGUAUAGCAGUUCAGUUUUGCACUCUCUCUUCUGGCCCUCAUGCAUAUUAUCUGGAGGAACCCUCAUCAUUCUCAUGGUCAAACUCACUCAAUACCUCUCAAUAAUGUGUGAGCAAAUUGACAAAGUUCCAAAGUGA